AUGUCUAGCCAAGUGCCUACUGCUACUCCAGUGCAGCGGAUUCAUCGUCCCAGAAAUCAUUGGAAGCCACCACCAUCGCAGCUAUUCAAAAUUAAUUUCGAUGGUGCCGUCUUCCCACAUGAUAAAAAGUUUGGCAUUGGAGUUGUUAUAAGAGAUCACCAAGGAUUAGUGAUUGCAUCAUGCUCAAAACUAGUACACCAGGAGUUAUGCAGUGAGGAUAUUGAGGCAAAAGCUGCGGCUUGGGCUCUUUUGUUUGCCUUGGAAGUGGGGGUGAAACGGGCUGUAUUGGAGGGUGACUCUUUGACUGUUAUUAAACGGUUAAUGGAGGAAGAAAGGCUGCUAAUACCAAUGGGUUUGCUCAUUGAGGAUGCCAAAAAGUUAUCUCAACAUUUUGAAGAAUUACAUUACUCUCAUGCUAAGAGGGAUUGUAACGUUUUAGCUCAUAAUGUGGCUAGACAUGCCGCUGGCAUUUCAGAUUUGUUAGUUUGGAUGGAGGAUAUUUCCCCACAAUUUCAUGAUGUACUUCAAGCCAAUUUAUUAGGCUUAUUUGAAUAA